CUUUACUUACACUAAUACCUGCAGAAUCAGUAGUUGGAACUCAUUUUAACAGUACAAAUACGUAUGUAUUUUACACAGCCUUUGUAUAAAAUGUGAUAUUUUUGGAAAAUGAACGAAGAACAGGCAUCAUGUGGGCCUGCAGAUAGUAUAUCUGAAAGUGGUGAGGAUAAACUAAAAGGAAAGGUUAGACAUAGUGCUAAAUUUGAUAUCUCAGAAAACGAGGAAUUUAAUGACAUGCCGAGAGAGCGUGGCAAACGAGAAAGCAAAAUUAGCGUUUCUGAUAUCACAGUUGAAAGGCAACGUAGGCAAAGUAUAGCAGCAAACAUAAAAUUUCGAAUCGUUAAUCCAGUAAGAAGAUUAUCUAGAAGCGUACAAGAAACUUUGCAUACGUAUGCUUCAAAGCGGAGAGGAAGCACCUUACACGACCAACCUUUUGAAUAUAAUCCUACGGACUGGGUCCAGAGAAUAAUCAACAAUAAUAAAAGAGGUGUUUCGCAUAAAGCUCACAGCGUCUUCUGUGAAUUAGACGUCCUCCGGAAACAUAAUGAAAACUUUGAAUGGAAGGAAUCUGCAAGAUGGGUUAAAUAUGAAGAAAAUUUGGAAGAAGGAGGAAAGCGCUGGUCCAAGCCUCAUGUUGCCUCUUUGUCUAUGCACUCGCUGUUUGAACUGCGAUGUGCUUUCGUGGAAGGCGUUGUUUCACUAGACCAUGAUGCCCAUUCGCUAUCUAAUGUCAUAGACAAGCUCCUUGAAGAAUGGCAGGAUCAGAAUGAUAUGGACACAAGGUUACGCCCACAUCUUAGGGAUAUAAUGUUGGCAGGACAUAAACACAGCCAUGUAAAGCGUUCUAAGGCGUCUAAAGGAAGCAGAACUCUGUCCGAUAUUUCUGAUGAGAGAUUGGAAGCAGAAAAAGGAGGUAAUGGUUUCCACCUUUCAUCUAGUGCAAGUCUUGCAAGUAUGGAUAGCUCUGGAUUGCAGAGUGUUCCAAGUACACAAGAUCUCUCAAGUGACCCAACUAGUCCCAGUUAUAAGCCCAAUCUGAACUUUAUGAGGAAGAUUCCAAAAGAUGCCGAGGCUGCUAAUGUCAUGGUUGGAGAAGUUGAUGAGCUUGAGCAGAGAUUGGUUGGGUUUAUGAGGCUAAAAGAGCCACGUCUUCUUGGUGAUGUAACAGAAGUAGCAUUGCCGUCACGCUUCGUUUGUUUCAUGUUCGGACCGAAAGGAAGCAUGACCCAGCUAAUGGAACUUGGAAGAUGCAUAUCAACUAUGAUGGUUGACGAGAUAUUCCGAGAAUUGGCUUACAAAUGUCUAGAAAAAGAAGAGUUCUUGGCUGGUGUUGACGAGUUCAUGGAACAAGUAACAGUUCUACCGCCUGGCGAAUGGGAUCCAAAAAUUCGUCUGGAACCACCUUCAAAAGUUCCAUCUCAGAAUUUUAGAAAGAAUUCAAUUAAUCCGUACCUUGGGAAACUUUUACCAGCAGAAGAUGAGGGAGGCCACAGUAUAGAUGAUCCGGCACUCACGUGGUCAAAAAUACCAUUCAAGGGUUUGGUAGACGAUAUUAAACGAAAGGUUCCACAUUAUCUCACUGACUUUAAGGAUGCCUUACAUAUCCAAUGCUUUGCUUCAUUUGUCUAUGUGUUCCUUGGAACCCUGACACCGAACGUAACAUUUGGUGGAUUGCUUGGUCAAGCUACUGAUCAGUAUAUGGGAGUGAUGGAGUGUAUAUUUGCAGCAGCAGUUACUGGUGUCUUGUUUGCCUUAUUUGGCGGUCAACCACUGAAUAUUCUAGGAAGCACAGGUCCCAUGUUAGUGUUAGAAACAAUCAUCUAUAAUUUAUGCAAAGAUAAUGAUUGGGAUUUUAUGCCGGCGCGAUUCUGGGUAGGAAUGUGGACUGUGCUAUUCAUUCUAAUUAUAGUCAUAUUCAACCUGAGCUCCUGCGUCAAGUAUAUCACUCGAUUCACAGAAGACAGUUUUGCUACACUGAUUGCAGUGAUAUUUAUUGUGGAGGCCUUCAAGAAGUUAUUUGAGAUAGAAACGAAUUAUCCUGUUAACUUUAAUCCUGAUGAUCCCAUCCCUUUCAACUGUUCAUGCAGUAGUACAUGUAAUGAAAACGUCACAACAGCGCUCGCGGGCCUCGGGUAUGGUGCUUUUACCAACUAUACGUGCACAGGAACUGAUAAUUUUACGACCAGCAAUAUAAGUAUCAAUUGGGAAGGAUUGACACCAGCCGGAUGUAGUGAAUUUGGGGGAAGCUGGGUUUGCGAUCCUAAACAAUAUUAUGGCGAUGUGUUUUUCCUGUCCGUUAUUCUAUUUGCUGGAACUUUUGGAAUAACAGUCUUAUUGAUUUCAUUCAAAACUAGCUCACUGUUUCCAAAUGUGAUUCGUCAAAGAGUUAGUGACUUCAGUGUGUUGAUUGCCAUUGUUUCCAUGGUGUUGCUCGAUUAUUUCCUGGGUCUCCCGACACCAAAACUAACUGUACCAAGCGAAUUCAAGCCAACAAGACCAGGUCGUGGAUGGAUCGUUAGUCCCUUUAGUGAUAAGAACCCGUGGUGGUUGUAUUUGGCUGCUAGCGUUCCUGCCGCACUUUCAACAAUCUUGGUCUUUUUAGAUCAACAAAUUACUGCUGUGAUUGUCAAUAGAAAAGAACAUAAAUUACAGAAAGGGGUUGGUUACCAUUUAGAUAUGUUUAUAGUUGCAAUUACUGUGGCUAUUCAUUCAUUGCUUGGUCUUCCAUGGUAUGUAGCUGCCACUGUGUCUGCACUUGCUCAUGUCAGAAGUUUACAGAAAGAAUCUGAAUGUACAGCUCCCGGCGAAAAACCAGUGUUUUUGGGAGUCAGAGAACAGAGAGUAACAGCUUUAUUUAUUGGUAUACUAAGUGGUUUGGCCGUACUCAUCACCAGUGUUCUUAGGAUUAUACCAAUGCCUGUGUUAUAUGGGGUCUUCUUUUUCAUGGGAUUUUCAGCAUUGCGCGGACAACAAUUUGUGGAUCGUCUGAUCUUGUUCCUGCAACCACGUAAAUAUCAACCAGAUGUCCCAUACAUUCGUCACGUACAAUUAUGGAGAAUUCACAUGUUUACCAUUAUCCAGAUAAUCUGUUUGGUGCUAUUGUGGGUCGUGAAGAGUAUAAAAGCUAUAUCCAUUGCAUUUCCCCUUCUGGUGUUAGCUACUGGAAUAGUACGAAAAAUGCUGGAGUGUGUUUACACAAAUCACGAGCUGAAAUAUAUCGAUGAUGUUCUUCCUGGAAGUGAAAAGAAGUCUCACAACGAGGACAACGAGAAAAUAGAUGUUCCAUAUAAAACCUUUAGCAGCAUCGAUUCCGUCAGCACAAUAGUAGAGGGCAAAGAAAACGGUAUUAAACCGAGCUUUUAUGUUGAUGAGGAAUGUGACCUGAAACAGAGGACAAAAGCUCAAGGAAACACAAAACUUUGAAAUAUGACAUUCUAACUUAGAAUAUCAAAGAAAUGCCAAACUUUUAAAUGUGACAUUCCAUGUUGAAAUAUUAGAAAAGUUUGAUAUUUAUAAUUACAGAGUCUCUGAGAAAACUGAAACUUUUCUUUUUCAUAAACCUGAAAUGAAUUCCUUAUACCAACUGUUCUCAUACUUUUAGAUCUAAAUGUGAAACAUUGUAUCGUGGAUAAAAUGUAACCUAAAACGUACAAUACGUCAUGUGGAUUUGUAAGUUUUUAUGUCAAUGAAUUAAAGUAAAUGUACUUUUUUUUUAAAUGAUGAUAAAAGCAAUGUGAUAAACAUAUAUGCAAUUUAUAUAUGAUUUACAAAUAUUUAGUAUUUUCAUUUCUUUAUUCAUAUUUGUCUUCCUUAAAAACUAGUUAGUGCAAUUUUUUAACGUCUUUCUUUAUAGAAUAAUUGUAUAUUGAAGUGGCUAUAGAAUCUUCUCUUCUAUGUACAUAUUCCGUUUAGUCACACGGUUCAUAUCAACCUUUUUUUAAUAUCAGCAUAUCAUCUUAAGAUUGUCUAAUAUUCAUACUAGUAGUUUAUUAUUUUACGGAAAUAUUUUUUAUGUUUAAUUAGCUAGUGUUGUUAAACAUUUCAGGAAAUCCAUAUAUUUUUUUAUACAUUUUAUUAUUAUGAAAUCUCUAUUUUUCUUUGUUUUUCUUCAUUUUGCUACUUUGGUUAUACUUUUAAUAUAUGCUUCUCUAAUGUUUGCUGAUAUUUUGCAUAUUUUGUGGGUUUAUUUAGAUUAAAUAAAAUUCCAAAGUUGCAUUAUAAAAAAAUAAAAUUUAAACUAAAUAAAAAACAACUUUGAUGCAUUCAUUCAAUUGGAUAGUGGCAUGUGUUUUUUUAAAUAGCUUAUAGUAAAACUACUUAGCUAUGCAUGGAAAUAAUUAUAAUAAAUAUGUAUGUUCAAAUUAAGUAAUUGUUCUUGUUCAAUGAUAGAUGGUGCUACUUUAAGGAACGAACUUCGUCUGACAGCAAGUUAUGAUUUAUACCAUAGAAAUUAUGAAUGCUAAAUUGAAAUGUUUUAAAAUAAUAAUAAAAAAAUGAUAAUAAAUGGUGUCUGAUUUAUUAUUUUUUA